AUGCCUACAUCAGCAUCUGCAGUAGAGCCAGCGCUUGGUGGCGGGCCGACCAGAAAUCUCGGAGUCACACCACCGAUCGCAGCCAAUGGACCCACACCAAGAGAAAUUGAGGUGACAAAAACGCUCGUUGCUGAGCUCGAAAAACAAGGUGUCUUUGAGAGCGACGAGGAGAGCAAAGUUCGCGAGGUCAUCCUGGGCAAGCUCGAUGCCAUGGUCAAAGACUUUGUCUACCGUGUCUCAAUAGCCAACGGCAUGUCCGAAUCGCUCGCUCGUUCAGCAGGAGGCAAGAUCUUCACCUUCGGUUCCUAUCGUCUCGGCGUGCACGGACCAGGAUCGGAUAUCGACACCCUCUGCGUUGUUCCCAAGCAUGUCCAGCGAGAAGACUUCUUCUCAGUGUUCGAGACCAUGCUCAAAGAGCGCGAAGAAGUUACCGAAGUCGCAGGUGUUCCUACUGCCCACGUCCCACUCAUUGCGUCCAAGUUUAUGGGAGUUGAUAUCGAUUUCACCUUUGCCCGAUUGUCAUUAUCGAGAGUCGAGGACAGUCUUUCGCUUGAGGACGAUAACCUGUUGCGCAAUCUGGACGAACGCGAUGUUCGAAGUUUAGGUGGUUCGCGAGUCACGGAUGGUAUCUUGAGGCUUGUUCCCAACAUUCACGUGUUCAGAAUGGCUUUGCGUUGCAUCAAGCUUUGGGCUCAGCAGAGGGCGAUCUACUCGAACGUGAUGGGUUUCCUUGGUGGUGUAGCGUGGGCGAUGCUCACAGCGCGUAUCUGCCAGCUCUAUCCGAAUGAAGCAGCAGGAGCAAUCGUGUCACGCUUCUUCAUCAUUUUCUACCAGUGGAAGUGGCCUCAGCCAGUACUUCUUACGCCGAUUGAAGAUGGGCCGCUUUCCGUCCGUGUGUGGAACCCCAAGCUCUACCCUUCGGAUCGAUUGCAUCGAAUGCCCAUCAUCACACCCGCCUAUCCGGGCAUGUGUGCCACCCACAACGUCUCCCAAUCAACACAGAUGGUCAUGACUUCCGAGUUUAAGCGUGCUGCCGAAGUCGUCGACCGAGUCAUCAUUGGAAAGACCGACUGGUGCGAGCUCUUUGCCAAACAUGACUUCUUCUUCAAGUACAAGUACUAUCUUCAGGUCAUCGCUUCGUCCGGGUCCGCGGACUUGCAGCUCAAGUGGCACGGUACUGUCGAGUCCAAGAUCCGUCAGCUGGUCAUGAAGCUUGAGUUGGUUCCGACGAUCACCUGCGCCCAUCCUUUCAUCAAGGGUUUCGACCAGGUGUCAGAGUGUCACAACGAUCACGAGGUCCGUCUGGUUGCAACAGGUGAUAUUCCCGAGCAAGUUGCUCAGCGUACGCAGAAGGUGGCCGCUUUGCCCGAGACGGAAGAGGCUAAGAAAGCUGCCGAAGAGGAAGCUGCCAAGAUCACCGAGGGUAAAGAAGGACAUCGCAUGAUUUACACUACAACAUUCUACAUCGGACUGAGCAUUGAGCCCAAGCUGGCGGGCGAAGGGCCCAGGAAGCUGGACAUCAGCUAUCCAACAGCCGAGUUCACCGGCAAGGUCAAGCAGUGGGAGCAGUACGAUGAAGCAUCCAUGGGUAUUGUGGUUCGCCAUAUCAAGUGGACUCAGUUGCCUGGCUACGUCUUCGAAGGUGGGGAGAACAGAGUCACCGCCGCCGCGGCUGGCAAAGUCAACGGCAAGCGAACCAAGUCAGGCAAGAAGAGGAAUGGCGACAGUGCUGGCAAUGUUGCUAACGGUGGCCUUGUGGAGUCCAACGGCGCAGCGCAAGUAGAGCAUACAGUCACAGCAGUCGACAAUGGGGACGCCGAAAUGGCUUCGCCUACAAAGAAGCAGCGCACUGUUCCAGAUUUGCAGGGUUCACUGGGCUCGGCAAUGGCUAGUGCUACAAACGCAACACCCACACUCCCCCUGCAACCCGCCACCGCAUCCAAAGAGCUCGAGAACUUCCAGCUUGCUACAGGCAACCAACCCAUCGCCGCUUCCACGAACACUGCUGCGAACCAAUGA